AUGGCUUGGAAUAUUUGGGUGACACUUGCAUUGGUUGCAAUUUUUGUUUAUCUUUUGCAACUAGCAUGUUCACGGAAGAACAACAGUAGAAGAUUACCUCCGGGACCAAAAGCAGUCCCAAUUUUGGGACACUUUCAUUUGUUAGGGAAGCUUCCUCACCAUGAUCUGCAUCAACUGGCCAAAACAUAUGGUCCUAUUAUGUUCAUGCGCUUUGGCUUCGUCCCCAACAUCGUUGUCUCAUCACCAGAAGCUGCUGAGCAGUUUCUGAAGACACAUGACCUUGUUUUUGCUAGCAGGCCACCUCAUGAGGCUGCCAAGUAUAUUGCUUUUGAGCAAAGGAACUUGACCUUUGCUGAAUAUGGCCCUUAUUGGCGCAACAUGCGUAAGUUUUGCACCUUACAAUUGCUCAGUAACCUUAAAAUUAAUUCAUUCCAGGCUAUGAGAAAGGAAGAACUUGGAUUUUUGAUCAAAUUGAUCGAACAAGCAGCAUGUGAUGGUGUGGCUGUUGAUCUCAGUGCCAAAGUUUCAUCCGCUAUUGCUGAUAUGACUUGUCUGAUGGUUUUUGGGAAAAAGUACACGGACAAGGACUUCAAUGAGAGGGGGUUCAAAGCUGUGAUUCAGGAGGGCAUGCAGUUGGCAGCCACCCCUAACCUUGGCGACUACUUCCCUUAUGUCGGGGCACUUGACCUUCAAGGUCUGACUCGCCGAAUGAAGGCUAUAAACAAGGUCUUUGAUGGCUUCUUUGAGAAGAUAAUUGAUGAGCAUCUUCAAGCUAGGGACCAAAGGCAAACCAAAGACUUUGUUGAUAUCAUGUUGGACUUCAUGCAAUCUGAAGAAGCUGAGUUUCGUAUAGAUCGUUCCCAUGUGAAAGCCAUUAUGCUGGAUAUGCUUGCAGCUGCUAUGGACACUUCAGCAACAUCAAUUGAGUGGGUACUGUCAGAACUCUUGAAGCAUCCACGAGUGAUGAAGAAAGUCCAGAAAGAGUUGGAAGACGUGGUAGGUGUGGACAGGUUGGUGGAGGAAUCAGACUUGGAGAGCUUGGAGUACAUGGACAUGGUUCUAAAGGAGUCGUUCAGGCUCCAUCCAGUUGCACCCUUACUCCUCCCACAUGAGGCCAUGGAAGAGUGCACCAUAAACGGCUUCCAUAUACCCAAAAAGUCUCGAGUCACCAUAAACGUUUGGGCAAUUGGACGAGAUCCAAAUUCAUGGAUUAAUGCUGAAAAGUUCAUUCCAGAGAGGUUUGCUGGGAGCGACAUAGAUAUUCGGGGACGUGACUUCCAACUUCUUCCAUUUGGCUCUGGCCGAAGAGGUUGCCCCGGGAUGCAGUUGGGUCUUACAUUGGUUAGGCUGGUGGUGGCACAACUGGUGCAUUGCUUUGAUUGGGAGCUUCCUAAUGACAUGCUGCCAAGUGAACUGGACAUGAGUGAGGAGUUCGGUCUUGUAACUGCUAGAGCCACGCAUCUACUAGCUAUUCCUACUUAUCGCCUUCACAAAUGAUGAAGUGGUUAGAUAAUGUUUAGAUUUUCCUUUAAUAUUUGUGUAAUUUGACUGCU